GACACUCACUCACUACACAAACCUCAUUUUUUUCACACUUUAAAAUUAAAACCCUCUUUUCUGUCACUCUCACCCAGAAAACCCUCCCCUCCACCCUUACCAACAAACCGCUCAUCUCACCAAAAAAAUCAACUAUUUCUUAUAAUAUGGAAGAAGCAGGACCGAGCUCCAAGGAGAAGCCUACAAAUGGUUCUGUACAACUCGACUUAGAUGAGGAAUUUGAUGACGAUGAUAUGAUGGAUGCACCAUCGUUGAAGGAUCUCGAUGCAGUCACUUUGAAGACCUUUACUAAAAAGGCAUUAACGGCUUUUUUUAGACACUAUGGUCUUAUAAGUCACCAGAUCAACUCCUUUAACGACUUCAUCAAAGUCGGUAUUCAGGAUGUUUUUGACUCCAUUGGUGAGAUCAUUGUUGAACCGGGGUAUGAUCCUUCAAAAAAGGGUGAUAAUGAGUGGCGAUUUGCUUCGAUUAGGUUUGGGAAUGUGACUCUUGAGCGCCCUAGGUUUUGGACAGGAGAGAAAUUUUCUGCUGAUAGUGGUAAAGAUUACCUUGAGUUCUUGCCCAGACAUGCACGUCUUCAGAACAUGACCUACUCGUCUCGCAUGAAAGUUCAUAUUACUAAGCAGGUGUAUACUCAAGAGCUGGUUCGAAGCGACAAGUUUAAAACUGGGAAAGAGAAGUUUCUUGAUAAGAAAAUCUUAGAUACUGAGGAGAGGGAAGUGCAUAUUGGGAGAAUUCCUGUGAUGGUUAAUUCUGACUCGUGUUGGAUGAGUGGAGCCGAGAAAGAUGACUGUGAUUAUGAUCAAGGAGGCUAUUUCAUUAUUAAGGGAGCUGAGAAGACCUUCAUUGCUCAAGAGCAGCUUACAUUGAAUAGAGUUUCUUUGGCGAGCAGUCCAAAUUGGCGUGUGCAGUACACGGAUAUUUGGAAGAGGAAGAGGGUUUAUGUAAAGCUUGUUGAUACUCCUAAAAUUGGAGAUAUAGGAGGAGGAGGAGCACACGUGAUAACUGGUUAUAUUCUGAGUUUGAUGGAUAUACCAAUAUGGAUUCUGUUUUUCGCUCUUGGGGUAUCGUCAGAUAAAGAAGUGGUCGACAUGAUUGGUGCAGACAUCGAGGAUGGAACUAUUGUGAAUAUUUUGAUUGCGUCAAUUCACAAUGCAGAUGAGUUAUGCGCAGAGUUCCGUAGAGGGAAAAAUUCACUAAUUCAUAUCGAGAAGCUUCUGAAAAACAGCAGAUUUCCACCCACCGAGUCUGUUACAGAGUGUAUUGAUAAGUAUCUGUUUCCAAAUAUUACUGGAUUUGGUAGAAAAGCGCGAUAUCUUGGUUAUAUGGUGAAGUGUCUCUUGGAAGGUUUUACGGGCCGCAGAAAAGUCGAUAAUAGAGAUGAUUUCAGGAACAGGAGGUUGGAGUUGGCUGGUGAGUUGCUUGAAAGAGAGCUAAGAAAUCAUCUCAGACAUGCUGUGAAGAAAAUGACGAAGACCAUGCAACGGGAUCUAUAUCCUGAUCGAAACGUUCACCCUAUGGAGCACUAUCUAGAUGCUGCCAUUAUUACAAAUGGGCUUUCUCGGGCCUUUUCAACAGGUUCUUGGUCACAUCCCUUCAAAUCCAUGGAGAAGACAAAUGGUGUUGUGGCUAUGCUUAGGAGGGCAAAUCCUUUGCAAAUGAUUGCUGAUAUGAGGAAAACACGCCAUCAUGUUAAUUAUGCCGGGAAGGUUGGAGAUGCAAGAUACCCGCACCCUUCUCACUGGGGAAAGCUGUGUUAUCUUUCUACCCCUGAUGGAGAACAUUGUGGGUUGAUAAAAAAUUUGGCUGGCACAGCUCUCGUGUCAACUACAGUCCGGGAACAACUAUCUGACAUAUUGAUAGCCUGUGGGAUGGAGCAAUUGGCACAAGAUACCAAAAUGUCACUUACUGGCUUGGAUAAAAUCUUUGUUAAUGGUGAUUGGGUGGGAACAUGCAAAAAUUCUGCCUCAUUUGUGGCUGAGUUUAGGCACAAGCGACGCACAAAGGAAGUGCCCCAGAUGGUUGAAAUUAAAAGAGAUACUAAGAAUAAAGAAGUGCGCAUUUUUUGUGAUGCUGGAAGGAUUUUGCGCCCGCUUUUAGUUGUUAAAAACUUGCACAAAAUCAAACAUCUAAAAGGGGGACGAUACUCGUUUCAAGAUCUUUUAGAUAAUGGAGUUGUAGAACUAAUCGGAACGGAAGAGGAAGAAGAUUGCUGCACAGCAUGGGACAUGAAAUAUCUUUUUCUAGAAAGUAAAGAUCAUAACCCUGAAAAAUACACACAUUGUGAACUUGACAUGUCAUGCAUGUUAGGUUUAAGCUGUGGCAUUAUUCCCUUUGCUAAUCAUGAUCAUGCCAAAAGGGUCCUCAUGCAGUCUCAGAAACACAGUCAGCAAGCAAUGGGGUACUCGUGCACAAACCCUGACAUCAGAGUCGAUACUCUUUCUCACCAGUUAUUUUACCCACAGAGGCCUCUUUUCAAGACCAUACUGUCUGAUUGUCUUGAAAAAGCUGGUCAACUUCAUGGUCAAAGUCAAAAGGGUAUGAUCCCUAGACCUGAGUUCUAUAAUGGACAGUGUGCUAUUGUGGCUGUUAAUGUACAUCUUGGUUACAACCAAGAGGACUCAUUGGUUAUGAAUCGUGCUUCACUUGACCGUGGCAUGUUCCGCUCAGAACAUAUUCGAAGUUAUAAGGCAGAAGUUAAUAAUAAGGAAGCUUUGGGGCUGAAGAUCAAGAAUGAUGAUGCUGUGAAUUUUGGGAAGAUACAAAGUAAGAUUGGAAGGGUUGAUAGUUUGGAUGAUGAUGGUUUUCCAUUUAUUGGUGCCAAUUUGCAGAGUGGUGAUAUAGUGAUUGGGAAAUCUACAGAAUCGGGGGCUGAUCAUAGUGUGAAAUUGAAACACACUGAAAGAGGGAUGGUUCAAAAGGUAGUAUUAUCGGCAAAUGAUGAAGGGCAGAACUUUGCCGUUGUAUCUCUAAGACAGGUACGUACACCAUGCCUUGGUGACAAGUUUUCAAGCAUGCAUGGGCAAAAGGGGGUUUUGGGUUAUCUGGAGAGUCAAGAAAACUGCCCUUUUACUGUACAAGGAAUAGUUCCAGAUAUUGUUAUAAACCCACAUGCCUUUCCAUCAAGACAAACUCCCGGGCAGAUGCUGGAAUCUGCUUUGAGCAAGGGAAUCGCGUUAGGAGGUUCACAAAGAUAUGCAACCCCUUUCUCUUCUUUAUCUGUUGAUGCUAUAACAGACCAGCUUCACAGGGCCGGAUUUUCAAGAUGGGGAAAUGAGAGAUUAUACGAUGGCCGGACUGGUGAAAUGAUCAAAUCCCUGGUUUUCAUGGGACCGACAUUCUACCAGAGGCUGACCCACAUGGCUGAAGACAAGGUCAAAUUUCGAAACACGGGUCCUGUACAUCCUCUCACCCGACAACCAGUGGUAGACAGGAAACGAUUUGGUGGGAUCAAGUUCGGGGAAAUGGAACGUGACUGUCUCAUAGCUCAUGGAGCCUCUGCUAAUCUACACGAGCGUCUAUUCACUCUCAGUGACUCCUCAGAGAUGCAUGUCUGCAGAAGGUGCAAGAGGAUGGCGAAUGUGAUCCAGAGAUCUGUCCCUGGGGGCCAAAAGAUCCGUGGGCCCUUUUGCCGGGUAUGUGACUCGGUGGAAGAGGUCAUUAAGGUAAGUGUGCCUUAUGGUGCUAAGCUACUUGGUCAGGAGCUGUUCAGUAUGGGCAUAUCUCUGAAGUUUGACACUGAGUUAUGUUAGAUUUGAUUUAGUUUGGUAUGAUGAAAUUCAGUUUAGCUUUUAGGAUCAUGUGAAUUGGUUAAAUAGGAAUGACUUCAACUAGGUAAACUUUCUAAGAGCAAGGAUGUUAUGUUGUGAUUUGCACUCUGCUAGUUGUACCUGCUCUUGGUUGACGUGAACAUUGUUUCUUUUGGUAUGCAAAUUUGUGUAGUUUUUGGUGGA